UCUCUCUGAAGCUCCCACAGCCGUCUCACUUUUCAUGUAGUCUACCACACUGAGCACUCUUGAACUCGCUACUUCGCCUUUUACUGCACGGUCUUGCGUGUGAUUUCACGGUUACUUAUCGUUUCACGUGCACUCCCAUUUUUCACGUCAUUUCGCUCCUCUGGCCACCUUCCUUCCUUAUUUAUGCUACAGGCAGUCGGUGGGCUACGUCUCUAGAUUACCUUUUAAACGGAAAGUGUUUUAAUGAGAUGCAAAUAGCCUUGCGGUUGAUGUUGCGCGUUGCUACUUUUAGAGAAGUUUCUUCAGUUUCAGUGUAACAUUUUCCCCUGCCGCAUCCUGGCGCGAGGCUGCGUGCAGAGCGCGUCGGAUUGAAUGGAUUAAUUUUCACAUAUUCACAUCAGUUCUCAUACAACUGCCUUAUACAUUUGUUUGUUUGGAGGCUUCUCUCUAAGGUUUUUGUUUUGUUUAAAAAAAUGAGCAAAAUAAACACCGAGGAGGACAGUCAACAAGAAAACGGGGAUCUCAGCAGCAAGGACUCGGACCGUCAGCUUCGCCUGAGACUGUGCGUUUUAAACGAGAUAUUGAACACUGAACGGGAUUACGUGAGAAAUUUGGCAUUUCUGCAGUCGGCUUUUCUCCAGAGAAUAAGGCAGACUGCAGAAAACCAACAAUGUCUCACUCCAGAGCAGGUCAAGAUCUUGUUUUCCAAUAUCGAGUCCAUUUUGGAAGUUCAUCGCGAGUUUCUUUCAACUCUAGAUGCCAGUUUGCAGCCUGAACCCCAGGCGCACCAUUCUCUCGGGCAUGUGUUCCUCAAGUUUAGGGACCGUUUCUCUGUGUAUGGCGAGUACUGUGGUAACCAUGAGAAAGCUCUCAGACUACUGGUGGAGCUUAACAAGAUGCCUCACGUACGGACUUUCCUGCUGCACCUCAUGUUGUUAGGAGGAAAGAAGAGCACAGAUGUUCCUCUUGAGGGGUAUCUCCUCUCACCCAUCCAGAGGAUCUGUAAAUACCCUUUGCUUCUGAAGGAACUUUUGAAGAGGACCCCUAAGAAGCAUUCAGAUUACCCCGCGGUAGAGGGGGCUCUGCAGGUCAUGAAAGCUGUGUGCUGCAACAUCAACGAGACCAAGCGACAGAUGGAGAAACUAGAGGCUCUUGAGAUAUUACAGUCACACAUAGAAGGCUGGGAGGGGACGAACUUGACUGAUAUUUGCUCCGAACUGUUGCUCCAAGGCAACCUUUUGAAGAUAUCAGCUGGAAACAUCCAGGAACGGGUCUUCUUCCUGUUUGACAACCUCCUAGUCUACUGCAAGAGGAAGUCCCGAGCAUCUGGGAAGAAAUCCACCAAGAGGACAAAAUCCAUCAACGGGCCGCAGUACAUGUUCAGAGGGCGCAUCAACACUGAGGUCAUGGAGGUCGAGAAUGUGGAAGACGGAACUGCGGACUAUCACAGUAACAACUACACGGUGACCAAUGGCUGGAAGAUUCACAACACUGCCAAAAACAAGUGGUUUGUGUGCAUGGCCAAGAAUGCUGAGGAUAAGCAGAAAUGGCUAGAUGCCAUUUUAAAGGAGCGCGAACAGAGAGAGAGUUUGAAGCUCGGGAUGGAGCGUGAUGCUUACGUCAUGAUUGCAGAGAAGGGAGAAAAGCUCUACCAUAUGAUGAUGACCAAGAACCGCCACCUCAUCAAAGACCGUCGCAGGAAACUCACCACUGUACCCAAAUGCUUCUUGGGAAAUGAGUUUGUCUCGUGGCUCUUGGAGAGUGGAGAGAUCAGUAAGGCUGAGGAGGGAAUCAACCUGGGUCAAGCUCUCCUGGAGAAUGGCAUCAUCCAUCAUGUGUCAGAUAAGCACCAGUUCAAGAAUGAGCAGGUGUUGUAUCGCUUUCGGUAUGAUGACGGCACGUAUAAAGCCAGGAGUGAAAUGGAGGACAUCAUCUCAAAGGGAGUGAGACUUUACUGUCGUCUCCACAGCCUCUUUACACCUGUUAUCAAAGACAGAGAUCAUCAUUUGAAAACCUUCAAAUCUGUCAUACCAGCUAGCAAACUGGUGGAAUGGCUUGUGACACAGGGUGACAGCGCAAACCGUGAAGAUGCAGUGACCCUUGGUGUUGGACUCUGCAAUGCUGGUUUCAUGCACCACGUCCUGGAGAAAAGCGAAUUUAAGGAUGAGUCACAGUUUUUCCGCUUCUAUGCCGAUGAAGAGACGGAGGGUACCAGCUCCAAGAGUAAACAGCUUCGCAGUGACUUCAAACUCAUCGAGAACAUCCUUGCCAAAUCCUUAGUGAUCUAUCCUGAAGAGGAGGACUAUGGGUUUGAGAUUGAAGAGAAGAAUAAGGCCAUCAUAGUGAAGAGUGUGGCCAGGGGCUCAUACGCAGAGAUGGCAGGCCUUCAGCCGGGUAGAAAGAUCUACUCCAUUAAUGAGGACUUGGUGUUCCUGAGGGCCUUUUCUGAGGUGGAGACCAUGAUCAACCAGUCCUUCUGUAUACGCCGCAGUCUCCGAUUGCUGGUGGCCACCAAGAACAAAGAGAUUGUGAAGAUCCCAGAUGUUCACGGCACUCUUCCUUUUGUUCUCUGCGGUUCUUGUCCACCUUAUGUUCAUGCAGUGAAGAAAGGCUCCGAAGCAGCAGCAGCGGGUCUUCAGCCUGGUCAGUGUGUGCUUAAAGUCAAUGGUAACAACAUGAAUCAGAGCAGCUACCAGGAAGUCCUGGAGCACUUUAGUGGCUAUCAGCCUGUCCUGGAUCAGCAAGACACUAGCUGUGGCCAGUGGGCGUACCGUGUGUAUGAGGAUGUGGAAGAGCAGAUGUCUUUCAGGGGGUGUGAGAAUGGCUCCGAUUCAGAGGAUGGCUGCACGAAUGGAACAGGCUCUGUAAGAAGGCUGGAACAGUUGUCCAUUACUGAGGAUGUUCCUUCAGUCAGUCUGAAUGUGGAUAAUGUUCAUGUGGAACAUGGGGUUGUGUAUGAGUACGUCAGCACCGCAGGAAUCAAACACUGUGUGCUGGAGAAGAUGGUGGAACCCAAGGGCUGCUUCAUCCUUGCUGCAAAGAUACUGCAGGCCUUUGUGAAGGACGACAGUCUGUUUGUAAAGAGCUGCCGGAAUCUAAUGGCUCAGAAUGAGAAGGUGGUGACCAUGCCACAGUUUGAGUUUCGAAACAUCUGUGACACCAAGCUGGAGAGCAUAGAAAAACGCAUUUGCAGCUACAAACAGUUUGUGGAGGAAUUGCAGACAAAGGCCUGCCCCAUGUUUAAGCAGUCGAACACUAAACCUCAUGUUCUGGGCUGCAUGGACUUCGUCCCCACCAACUGUCACCUGAACCUGAUGCAGGUGUCCUGCCCAAAGAACACCUCCUCAGCAGGCCGAACUUUCAGCAUCCGCUUCGGACGCAAGAGCUCCUUCUUUGGUCUUGAUCCUGAUCAAGCCAAUUUGAAUCCCAUGUCCCACGCCGUGCAUUGCGUAACUAGCAUGGCGGCCCCCUCCUGGAGUUGCCUGAGUUUAGAUGAAGAGACGGAGGAGGGUGAAGGGAGCACAGAGGACGGCAGGAAGCAUGAAGAAGGAGGUCUCAGCUUCCUCCUCAAACAGGAAGACAUGGAGAGCCAGGACAAUUACAUCUGCCUCUAUAACCGCCUGGACAUAUCAGUGCGAGAGAUGAAGCAAUACGUGGCCCAGAUAGAUGUACUUCUGUCAUCGAUAACUGGACCGACCCAGCCGCAGGGCUCAGAGCCACCCUCGAUUGAGAGCGCCCCCUCAAACGCCCCCACACAAGAUGAGACGGACCAAGACAAGACAGAGCAUGGUGGGAACAAGAGAGUGUGCUUCAAAGUCAACGAAGAUGACCAGGAGGACUCUGGGCAUGACACCGUGAGCUACAGAGACUCCUACAGUGAAUGUAACAGUAACCGGGACUCAGUGCUGUCAUACACCAGCGUCCGGAGCAACAGUUCUUACCUGGGCAGUGAUGAGAUGGGCUCAGGAGAUGAGUUGCCAUGUGAUAUGCAGAUCCCUUUAGACAAGCAGGAUAAACUUCAUGGAUGUCUGGAACACCUUUUCAAUCAGGUUGACUCUAUCAACAGUCUCCUGAAGGGCCCUAUCAUGAGCAAAGCUUGCGAGGAAACCAAGCAUUUCCACACUGACCACAGUCAGCCAGAUGACUGGACAGCACGUUGGCGGCAUGUCUUGCUCAAGAACAUCCAGGAGGACCCUUGGAACCUGCCCAUUUCAAUCAAAUCUUUAAUUAACAGCCUUCAUCGCUUUGUAGAGGAUGGAAGGAGUCAGCUCUUGUUGGCAUUGCUUAAAUGCACUGACACAGAACUCCAGUUGCGGCGGGAUGUUAUAUUCUGCCAGUCUUUGGUGGGGGCGCUGUGUGCACUGGCGGAGCAACUUGUGAACGCGCUGAACCUGCGUUUCAACAAUAACGGAGAGUACGAGGAGGACAGUAAAGAGGUCAGCCGUAAAUGGCUGGAGCAGAUCGCCACCAUCGGAGUGCUCUUUAACUUCCAGUCAGCACUCUCUCCACAUGUGAGAGAAGAGCGAAUAAUGCUUGAAGAUACAAAAGUAGCACUGCAGGAUCUGGAGAAAGUCACUGUGCUGUUCCGCCCCAUGGAGAACGAGUGCAUCGUCCCAAACACACCUGUGCAUUACCAGGUGGAAGGCAGUCGGCAGACCAUCAGGGUGACAAUAUUCUUGGACAGCUGUCAUUUCAGUGAGCUGCCAACAAGACUGCAGAACGGAGGCUCUUUGAAGCUUCAAUCAGUCCUCUUCACUAGAGGACUGGAGAAGCCAGAGGAUGUGUUGUCUCAGGAUUUUGUUGCCAUGGAAGAGUUUCAGCAGCGUAUAAAUGCUCUUUCACUGGAGAAGGUCAAAAGUUAUUACCGCAAACUCAGGGCUUUUUUUCUGGAGAAAUCAAAUUCAGAUUCAAAUUCCACUGCAGUGAAAAUAGACCAGCUUCUUCGGCCGCUGAACACCUUGGAUGACCUCUGUCGGCUCAUGCAGACGUAUAUGAAUGUAAAACCCAGCUCUGCGGGUCAGUCCUCAGUCAGUGUUCUUGUGGUGUCCUCCGAACUCUGCAGCCGGCUGGGAGCCUGUCACAUCACCAUGUGUGCCACUGGGAUGCAGAGGUGUACUCUGACUGUGUCAUUGGAGCAGGCCAUUACUCUAGCCAGAAACCACAGCCUCAUGCCCCGUUACCUAAUGCAGACCAUGGACAUCAUGCGUAAGCAGGGCACCAGAGUGGAGAUUUCAGCCAAAAAUCUCAGAGUGAUGGACCAGAUGCCACCUUGUGCUCCCAGGCUCUUCAGGUUGUGUUUACCCCCCUGUGAUGGAGAUCUUUGAAUGAAGUGACAUACUUCUCUCAGACCUUCUAGAUGCUGGGAGAUAUCAAGACUGGCGUAUCAUUUUGAGACCAUGCCUCAGCACAUCUUAAAUCCCAGCCACCCUCAUCCAGAGAGGUCAGGCUGAGGUCAACACGACAAGGAAUGAGAACCGCCCGGCAACCUUUAUCUCCUGCUCUGGCAGCUGAGAAAAUUGCUAAUGCUAACGAUGCUAAUCUUGCCUAGCAGCGUCUGCCCACAUUGCUACAUUGUUUGGUCUCCUAAUGGAUCUGGACUGGCAUGUGAACGGCUAAAUCUAGCUGUAUUAUCUCUUCCUUUCGCCUCUGACUGCAAACUUGCAUCAGCAAGAAGGGUGGUGAUUAUGUGCAAUUACUGUAGCUUUGCAUGAGUGUGUCUGCACUGUGUCUUGGGAGGUGUUGCGAUUCUCUAACUCGUAUCAGGUAUUAUGAAAGUACUGAAAUCAUUCCAGCCUACAUGGACCAGUUUCAAAAUCUUAAUUCUUCUCUGCUAUUGUUUAAAAUAAGCUUGAUUCUGUUUAACACAAUUUUCUUGUGAAGUUCCAUCCACGGCGCAUUUUAAGGAUAAUGGGGAAACAAGUGGAGACUAUUGGCUUCUCAAACAAUACAAAAACGUAGGCCUGCAUACAAAAUACAAGAUUUCACUGCAGUCAAAAUGUUGAGAUUGAAGAUUAAAACCAUUAUUGAUCAACUGGGAGGAAAAAAUAAAUAAGUAUAGCACUUUUUAAACAUGAAUCAAUGCUGUGUUACAGUGCGUGACCUCUUGGGAGCUGCUUUGUGUGGCUGUUUGGAAAAGCGCAAUGAAAAAUGCUUGUGUUCUUCAGUGUUUAUUAAACGCACUGUACAUUAGAAUACAGAGAAAUGCAAAGGGAUCAUGUGAAGAAUUAAUAAAUAUAGUAGGAUUUUAUUGAAAUUUUGUAUUUAGGUAAAUAUAUGUAUGUGUCAGAGGGAUAAGCGUUUACUAUUUGGGAACAGCAGUGCUAUAAUUUAAAGAGUAUUAAUAAUGUUAAAACAUCUAAUAUUGUACAUCUAUCAUUUUGUAAACUUAUUGUAUAUUUGGAUAGGAAACUUUAUUCUGCUUUUACAAAAUGUGUUCGAUAUUUAAAUGUUUAACAUCAGCUGUGUGGUCAGUAACCGAGAAGGCAUGGAAAUUUAAGUAUUCCUGGAUUAGUUUGGACUAGUUAAGCUAGCAUGUACAGUAUGUGACAGCAAUUCUGACAUGCAAAGUCUGCAUUUCAUACAUAUAUAUAUAUAUAUGUAUGUUACAUUCAGUAGUUCUGACAGUUAAAAUGUAAUUUUAGUAAAGCAAAGUUUUGAGUUAAUAAGUUCACUUUAGUGACAAUAAUGCAAAAGAGCAUCAUGUCUUAAUUAAAUCUUUAAAUCUUAAUGAGAUGUUCAUUAUGUUUGUAUUGUAGGUCAUAACUCGUCACUGUCUGUUACAUAUCAGCAUGGAAGUUAGACUCUACAACUUAAGAGCAUGUUGUAAUGAUGAUAAAAUAUUUUAAAUAAUACUUUAAUUUAUACUAAUAAACAGUGUUUUUUUUAUUUUUUAUCCUCAUAUCUAUCCAAACUGAAGCUUAAUGCCGGUAAAAUGCUGAUUUAUCAUUAAUUGGAUUUUAACAUUUUAUUUUUAAUCCACAGAAUCUGUGCAAUGCGACUAUUGUAUGUUUUGAAGGUCCUUGUUGUUGCAUGUUAUUUUGCUUAAUGUCCACAUGAAACCUAUCAUUUCUGUAUGAUAGACCUAAAUAUAGUAAAACCCAAAGACUUAGCAUUAGCAUGUUCCUGUCACUGUAUAUUAAAAUCUCAGGUUUCUCCACCAUCUCAGUCUAUUAUUGUGCAAUUAGCUUUCCCAUUCAAAAGUUAUGACGACAUAAUUUAACAUCACUAAUCAGUCAGCUAAAACAUGAAAAGAAUGUUGUUUUUUUCCUUCUUUCUUUUAUAACUGCUGUCCUGUUUUCAGUUCUAUUUUCAAGUUUAUAUUUCAAGUUUAUAUUUGUCUCAAGUGUAAUUUUUAGCUCAAAGAGUGAAAAAUCUUCAGUGGUGCUAUUUAUGUUUUCUUUCAUGUCAAAAUGAUUUGCAUAAUUUGACAGAUUCUGUUUGUUUAAUAAGAACAGCUUAAUCAAAACCUUAUAGUUUAUAUUAAUGUUUGACUGAAGUAUCUGUCUUCAUGCUGUCCUGAACUGUUAAUUAUAAAACAUUAAAUGGCUCUUAAA